AUGGCCGAGACUCCCAGCAUACCUAAAUUGAAGCAAAUGUUCGGCAAAAGGCAUGUCGAGGAUUUUUUGAAAUAUUCAAACGAUUACAAUAAGCCAUCAACCUCCGACUUCAAACCAAAACUAUCAAUUGAGACAAGAAGUUUUCCUCCGAUUCCGAAAUACAUGCCAUAUUUCCUCCAACCUAUCAAAAUGCUGAAUGAAGAUAAUCAGGCCCAGCCUCCAAACCCUCCGGUAGCUCCAGCAGAGGCGGCAAGAGUAGUGCAAGGAGAAGAGCAAGGAGGCCAACCGAAGAACAAUGAUGCACCUGCUCAGCAAGCCCCAGAAGCUCAACCCGCCAACCAACCGGCUCCACAGGUCAAUACUCCGAACUCAAGAGGCGCUUACUUUGCUUGCUGGAAGAAACCACCCGGACCUCAUAUAUCGGUUCAAUCUGCAACUUCAGUAGCCAACUCUGAUGCUACUGAUCAGCCAGCACAGCAAAACGCAGUCAUGCCACAACCCCAAACCCAACUCAACAUCUUCAUAAGAUUCUUGAAUUUGUUCCGAAGAAAUAAUCAGGUCAACAAUCAGGUCGGCAAUGCCGCUCCUCCGGUGAACCAGAUAAAUCAACUAGCAGUCCCCGAACAACUCUAUGGAGAUGCAAGAAACAACGAAGCUGCCGAUAAUAAUGCACAACCGGAGCAAAAUAAUGAAAAUGCACAGAAUGCAGAAAAUGCUCCAGUGAACCCCGGACUGAAUCUUGGACCAGAGCAAAAAGGACCAGGCACUCCUAGACCAGAAUAA